AUGGCUUCUGCCAGUGCACCCAUCAAGGAGGUUGCCAUGGCGGCAAAACGGAUUCUCAUGUGCCGUCCCACCUACUUUCAACUGACCUACUCGAUUAACCCAUGGAUGGAUAUGCGUAAAGGAGUGAACCGUUCCAAGGCAACCGAACAAUGGGAAACGUUAAAAACCACCCUAGAGAAUUGCGGUGCCCGAAUUGAAGUAAUGGAAGCUGAUGGAGCUGAAACUUUCCCAGAUAUGGUUUUCUCCGCUAAUGCUGCAGUUAUAAAGGGUAAUCGUGCUUAUUUGGCCAACUUUGCGCAUCCAGAACGGAAAGGAGAGAGAUAUUUUUUCGAGCAAUGGUUUACAAAGCAUGGGUACGAGUGCGUAGGCGAUUUGGAUAUUCCAUUUGAAGGAGCAGGUGAUGCUCUCUGGGGAGGUGCGGGUAAUCGAACCUUAUUCACCGGUGUAGGACCACGAACGGAUGUUCGUGCACUGAGAGAUUUAACCGAGAAAUUGGACGACGGCACAUCAUGGAAAGCACUUGGAUGUCGAUUAGUGGAUCCAAGGUUCUAUCAUAUCGAUACGGCAUUCUGUCCUCUUAAUGAAGAAUUAGCUAUGUACUACCCUUACGCGUUUGACCAUAUUAGUCAACAUAAUAUGCACAAUGAAACGGAUCUUUUACCGGUUUCUGACAGAGAAGCUCGAAAUUUUGCUUGCAAUGCUGUGGUGGUUGGACGAAAUGUGGUUAUGCAUCAUGAAAACGAUGAAAUUGCGGGUAAACUGGAAAAGCUUGGAUUCAGUGUGAAAUUUGUUGAUAUGAGCGAGUUCAUCAAGAGUGGAGGAUCUGCAAAAUGCUGCACACUAGCGAUCUGA